AUGUCUCUGUCCAAGUCAAACCGUGUCUACGUCUUUGGCGACCGGACCUUCAACUAUGAGCAUUCAUUGGCUCAACUACUUUGUUGCCACAACACCUUCUUGACUUUGUUUUUCCGCAAAUGCUAUUCUGCUAUCCGAACAGAGCCCGGCCGUCUGCCGUUACACACUCGCGAUACGACUGCCAAGUUCUCUAGCGUCGCUGACCUGCUUAUGAGGAAGCGGGAUGGCUGUCUCAGUCCGGCGUUGGAGCAGGUGUUGUGUCUUGUUCACACUUUGGCGGCAUUUAUAUGGCAACACUCUGAGCGCAAAUUAUCCUUCCCCACGCCCCAGGAUAGCGUCUUGUUGGGCUUCUGUACUGGAUCCCUUGCAGCCGCUGCCGUCAGUUCUUCUCAGGAUCUCGUCAGUUUCAUCCCUGCCGCCGUGCAUGCCGUGGUGGUUGCAUUAUAUACAGGCCUGCGAGCUGCACAAGAGGCCCAAUCUAUUCAUGGCAACGCCUCAUCGCCAUGGUCCUUGCUGGUGCUUGGCAUAUCCGGAGACCAAAUGACCACCAUCCUUGAAGGCUUCAACUCCCGGAACGUACUCAUUCGCACCAUCUUGCCAUGCAUACAUCAGCGCCUUUGGAACGGCUGGUGUGAUAUCAGCGGGCCGCCCGAGGUCUUGACGAGAUUGAGCCAGCAAGAUUGCCUUCAGGAAUAUGACAAGUCCUUCCUCCCCAUUCGCAGCCCGUAUCAUGCAUCCCAUUUAUUCUCCCAGUGGGAUAUUGAUGCCAUUUUGCAGGCGGCCCAUUCUUGGGCGCCAACGGACAAUGUCAUGCCAUUCAUCCCUGUCAUGCCCUGUGGUACUGGACACUUUGCUUGGAUGGAUAAUUCACAAGCCCUGCUGGAAAGCAGUAUCCACGACGUGUUAAUACUUCCAAUCUUCAUGGAGAAAGCCAUCGACCAUGUUAGUCUAGCCUUGGAAGCUAGACCUCCGGCAGAUGUUCUGGUUGUCGUGACCGGCACGGACUGUGGGGAGACGGUAUAUCGCCGCCUCAAGACGGCUCUGGGACGUAGCAUGCCCAUAGCCAUCAACGUCGCAGCGCAAUCAGUCAGCGUUCCCGAGUCCAGCGCAAUAGAGCGGCCCAAUAUUGCUGUCAUUGGCAUGUCUGGACGAUUCCCGGGCGCAUCCAACCCAGAAGAUCUGUGGAGCUUAUUGCAAAAUAAAAUAGACAUGUGCGCCAAGUGCCGCCGAUGA